AUGUCUGAACCAGGACCUGAAUCCGUCCCAACAAGCGCGGACCCGCGCAGCAAACGGCCCAUCAAGCGACGAGCCGUGACACCACACUCCGAACAGGCGGGCCAAAUCGAGACGCUCUUCAAAGACCCGUCGAAGGAGAUCCGUCUCCCAGAUUCAUCAAACCCGCGCACAUCAUCGUCACUCGCCCCGCCGCCCGAAAUUGUCACCAAUGUGCAAGGUUCGUCGGCCGGUGCAGGCUCCGGCGAGUUCCACGUCUACAAGGCGAGCCGACGCCGCGAGUACGAGCGGCUGCGUCUUAUGCAGUCUGAGGUAGACCAAGAGAAAGAUAAUGCGGAAUGGGAAAAACAGAGGGAGGAAGCGAAGCGAAAGGAUGAUGAGAAGACGGAGAAGAACCGCAAGCGCCGCGAGAAAAAACGCGCUACUAGAGGGAAGAAGGGCGGGAAGGAUUCGGCGAUGGAUAUGGAUAAAUCUUCUACUACGAAAGCGCCGUCUGUGCCUAGUCAGACAGAUCAGGGUGUUAAUGCCGAGGGCCAGGUGCCACAUGGAGAGGUUCCUGGUGUGAUUAUCCACGAUGAAGAUUAG